AAAGUUUGGGCUGUUGUUGCAUACAUCAACCAUGGCGAGAAGACUCCCACUCUCGGGGGCUUGAACACCGUCCUCACGCCCAUGGGAGCCCGGCAGAUGUGGAGGCAGGGGAGCGCAUUUCGCAAUCGCUACUUGGGUACUGAGAAUUCUACCCUUUUCUCAAAUUCAACGGGAAACUACACAAUUCAAGGCAUAUCCAAAGAUGCCAUCAACAAUGCCGACCUCACCGUCUUGUCGCAGACAGAUGAGUGGGUUGCGGGAGGUGCUGUGGCUUUCAUGCAGGGCUUAUAUCCCGCGACGACAGACGCGUUCAAUAGCCUUGCUGGCGGCCAAGUAAUGGCCCAAGAUGUUUUGUCUGGCACAGGACCGAUCGAUUAUCCUUUAGGAGGAUACCAGUAUCCCAGUAUUGAGACUAUGUCCAUGUCAGAUUCGGGAUCGGUUGCCAUCCAAGGCACUGUUGGCUGUUGGGCCUGGGAUACCAAUGUAAAUCUGAUGAAGCAAACUGAUCCCUUCGGCCGCGCUAGGUCAACUCAGAGUCUCUAUAGAUCUCUCUUUGCUACCCCUCCUCUUCAAGGCACGAUAUCAAAUGGCUCGGUUAAUUAUUGGAAUGCUUAUAACAUAUACGAAUAUGUCAACUACAUGAAUACGCACAAUAAAUCAGUCAACUCUGGCUUGGGAUUUGCCAACACUACUGUUGGAGUACUCAAGGAAAACGCCUUUGAGCUGGAGCGGGCCAUGAACGGGGAUACUCUAAGCGCCGCCCCAAACUGGACUUACAACAAUAUCACCACCAUCGCCGGUCAAACCCUUGGUAUGCAAAUCGCAAGCUCGCUCAGUGGUGCCACCUUGGGAAGUUCUGGCAGCAAGCUUACGUUAAUGUUUGGCUCCUUUGAGCCCAUGUUGGCCUUCUUUUCACUCAUGGGACUCUACUCCACUGAUAAUCUGCUUUCCGGGCCAUUCUCCACUCUUCCGGAUCCUGGCUCGGCCAUGAUCAUUGAGUUGAUCGGCCAAGACUCGGGGGACCCCUCCGCCUUACCGGCGGCUCAGGAAUUCAUGGUCCGAUUCACAUAUCGAGCUAAUGCCGAUGUUGGCGAACCAUUUACAGUCUAUCCCUUAUCUGCAAAUAGCUCUGAUAGUCGAGUUAUUCCUUUCACAGCGUUCCUAGGCCAACUUCAACGCUUCUCUGUGGACUCUUUACAGUGGUGCAGCACUUGCCAGGCACUAUAUGCGCCCUGGUGCACUUCAAGGUCUACAUCUUCUGCUGACUCUUCCUCUACGUCUAAUAAUUCAUCCGUCAGCGCUCCUGUCGCUGGUGUUAUCGGUGCUAUGGUCACAUUGGCUGUAACUGGUCUUGCUGGGCUCGCCCUCUACUUUUGUGGAGUGUGUACUUUUGGACGACGCCCAAAAUCCAGCGAACGCAGCGACUCUCCCGGCGGUUUCAAAGGAACAGGUAAGAUGGCUAGUGAUGUUGAUGUUACAGUCACGAAGCGCGGAAGAGAGCAUGAGAGAGUAGGCAGCUGGGAGUUGAGAAACGGGUUCGGCCAGCCGAUGACAGGAUCUGCGGGCAUAGCGACGGCGAGUUUAGGAAGUGAUACGCCCAACCCACGGCGUUUUGAUGAUGACGACGACAUUAGUAUAAUGGCGGCGCAGCCCGUGAAAAUCCGCGAGAGCGUCUAG